AUGUCUUUGAACUCUGCUGCGCAGCCAGGCCAGUUCGCUCCGAUGGUUACGCAGGAGCUAGUGGAACAACCCCCAUUUGGAGAUGCCCCCGAGCUCUUGGGUCACCCCGGCUCCAUGGAAGCCAUGCUAGACAUUUCCGACUUCUUCGACUCUGUGGGGUUGGACUUCGAACACGGCUUCGACUUCUUCCCACCCGAUGUGCUUCCAAUGGGAGAAUCUCCAGCAUUUGCGCCGACUCUCGGUAGCGCCCCGGGUCCUUGCCUCGAGCGGCCGACUCCCGAAAGGCAGAGACCCGGGCCGAGUUCGAACGUCUCCUCUUCGACUCGCAUCUGCAAUUCCAUCCCUGACACGGAUACCGGAGAAGCUCAACGGAGUAGGUUCAGCCAGCAUCUGAACAAGUAUGAAGGUGUUUUGGACGGGUUUAAACUCCCAUCGGGGUUGUCAAUAUCGCGCUACAUCGCCGGGUUUGUGGACGGUUAUAGCAAUCACCACCCAUUCAUCCACAUGCCAACAUUCUCUGCUGAGAAUUACCCGGACUCCCCGGAGCUGGUGCUGGCCUUGCUGGCCAUUGGCGCUCAGUUCCGCUACGAGACUCGCAAUUCCAACCAGCUUUACCGGGCUGGGCGGGCGAUCGUACUGCACCGACUCAAAUCUGGGGAGGCGACUAGCCCGGCCGGCAAUACCGGUGUAGGCGCCGAGGCAACGAGCACGAGUUUCCGUACGCCAACCGUGCGUAUGGAUUUCCUAAAGGCGAUCCUGCUGCUGGCAACGUUCUCGGCCUGGCAAGAAGACCAGGUCCUCGUGCGGGAGUCGCUCGAAUACCAAGGCAUGCUCGCCUGGUGCAUAAGAGACGGUGGUCUGGUAGACGGCCCCUCGGGUGACUGUGACGAUUGGCACGUUUGGGCAAGGGACGAGUCGGAUCGGCGGGCGAAGCUCUCGGCGUUCUGCUUCCUGAACCUCCAGAGCCUGGUCUUCGGCGUGCCACCCAUCCUGCUCGCAAACGAGCUCGAUCUCCGCUUGCCGGUGGCUUGCGAUGAAUGGUUGGCCAGCUGUCCGUCGAAAUGGACUCGGGCUCGGGCCAAGGGACCGGCGCUGGCCCGCUUCCAGAAAGCCUUUGUCGACUUGGUCCAGCCGUCCGCACACUCGGAUGAUGAUGGACUCGUCACUUCGCCGUUCGGUAACUUCGUUCUUAUGCACGCCCUGCUGCAACGGCUCAUGAUGGCGAAGCAGCUCUGCCUCGACCGCUACGCCCAGAGGCUGUCUCCUGAAGACGGCGCCAGGUUCGAGCUCUCGCUGCAUCGGUGGCGCGAGCAGUGGCGCAGGGGCCCCGAGUCCGUCUUGGACGUCAAGAACACAAAGGGGUCCCUCUCGUGGACGGCGACGUCUCUGCUGGGGCUGGCUCACGUCCGGUUGUACUUCACCUGCAGGACGCAGCAGAACGCAUGCUUCGGCAGCGCAAAAAGCAUCGCCGACGACGCGUGGGAUGCGAAGCCGCCGGGCCGUGGGCCCCAGCUUGUGUAUGCACUGCUACACGCGGUUCACGCGCUGAACAUCCCGGUGCAACUCGGCAUUGACUAUCUCGCGGGCUGCCAGGCCUUCUUCUGGAGUUUGCAGCACAGCUUUUGUUCCUUUGAGGCAGCCAUCUUCCUGAGCAAGUGGCUGUUCAUGCUGGCCGCAGACCACGAGUCAAGUGGGCUAGACGCAAAUGAGCGACAGAUCGUACGGUGGAUAGAGUGCAUUGUCAACGAGGCCGUGGCUUCACUUGAUGAGGUUGAGGGCUAUGACUUCAACAGCCAAGGAGACACGUCGCAAUCUUUAGGGAUUCUCGGUGGCAUGGUCAUCAAGCUCUUCGCCAAGAUGUUUGAAGGUUGCAACAGCGCCUGGCCGAUAAUGCGGAAACUUGGCAACAGUCUACAUGAGUACUCGGUGCUGUUGGAUGAGAAUGGCGGGCUGGCGAGUGUCGGAAGAGCCGAGAGUAAUGCGAGUUGUUCGGCUGCAACCUGA